AAACGCAGUAUCUAAUCCAGCAGUUGUCGAUGUCUGUAGUAAAAAUGGUCGAGAACGUAUUUGGGGCAUGGGACUACGCCAUCAUGGCGGCGACUAUGGUGGCAUCGGUCGUCAUAGGACUCUACUUUCGAUUCAGCGGCGGUAAACAAAAGACAAACGAGGAGUACCUAAUGGCCGAUCGGAACAUGUCAAUUCUUCCAGUAGCCGUCUCACUAAUGGCAUCCUUCAUAUCUGCAAUCACUCUACUCGGAGUGUCUGCUGAAAACUACUACUACGGCAUGAUAUUCAUCGUCGCCAACCUGGGCUAUGGACUAGCGACACCUAUCGCCAGCAGCCUAUACCUACCAGUAUUCUUCGGACUGCAAAAGACCAGCACUUACGAAUAUUUGGAACUGCGAUUUGGACCAAGAUUACGCAUGCUCGCUUCCCUAACGUACACAUUGCAGAUGAUAUUGUACAAUGGAAUAGUGCUGUACGCACCAGCGAUAGUGCUGGAAUCAGUAACUGGGCUAGAUAGACUGGUAUCGAUACUAGUGGUGGGAAUAUCAUGUACCCUGUAUUCUACUUUUGGAGGAAUGAAAGCAGUAUUGUUCACUGAUUUGCUUCAAUCAGCGUUAAUGUAUGGAGCUGUGAUCAGUGUUGUUGUGUUCAGUUCAGUGCAGCUCGGAGGUUUCGAUCAGAUUUUCAUAAAAGCUCAUGAAGGGGGCCGAUUGGACUUCAACAAGUUCAGUAUAGACCCAACAGAAAGGCACACAUGGUGGAGCCUGUUGCUUGGAGGGAUGGUCACAUAUUUGUCUUUGUAUGGCGUUAACCACACACAGGUUCAACGGCUACUGACAGUCAGCACACUGAAAAGAUCUAAGCUGUGCCUAUGGUGGAGCUGGCCAGUUAUGAUGUUGCUCAGUACCUUCACGUGCAUUGGUGGGCUGGGCAUCUACGCCGUCUAUAGGGAUUGCGAUCCGCUGACUAAUCAAAAAAUCACUGCGAUCGACCAGCUGAUGCCGUAUUACGUGGUGGAUGCGAUGCGCUCGGUGCCAGGACUGGCCGGGCUGUUCGUAGCGGGAAUCUUCAGCGCCUCGCUGUCUACAAUAUCGUCCGCCUGCAACUCGCUCGCUGCAGUCACGCUCACUGAUUACAUCAGUAGAUGGUGUAAGAUUCGUGAAUCGUACAUCAUAUGGCUGACAAAACUGGUGGCGUGUGGUUACGGGCUACUGUUCCUGGCAUUGGCAUUUUUAGCGGAACACCUCGGCGGCGUGCUACAAGCUUCUCUCAUUAUUUUCGGAGCAGUAGGGGGACCACUACUUGGUGUCUUUACCCUGGGCAUGUUCACCACUUACGCUAACGAGAGGGGUGUAUCUAUUGGGCUGCUCAGUGGCUUGGCCAUGACUUUUUGGAUAAGCUUCGGGACUCCUCGACCUUCACCCACCAAACUUCCUCUGAGUAUCGAAGGAUGUGGAAACAAUAUCACAGUAUCCACUCCAAUGGCUACAAAUCCUUCGGACUAUUUGUAUCCUUAUAGAUUAUCCUAUAUGCUGACAAGUCCGAUUGGAUUCGCAUGGGUGUUGCUAAUAGGCACAUUGCUGUCUCUUUUGUGGAGACAUAAACAGCCGUGGGAGAAAGCAGGAUGCGAAGAUCCUGAUCCUGCACUCUUCACACCGCCCCUGGCAAGGAUGCUCAGGGCGCGACAGGAGAAAAAACUGUCUGCGAAACAGGUGGACGUGGGCAGCAGCUCAUAAGGAUCUUUGGUCAUUAUUAAGUUCGGUUGUGUCAUUGCAUCAGGGUGAACUUACGAAAUUAAAUGAAGUUGAAGAAAUGUAAACUACGUAUCUCGUAGCUUUUAGAAAUUGUUAAUUUUAUAUUAAAAAUAUCUUUUAGAAA